GUUAAUGUUUUUGUUAGUGAGUAAAACGACGUCGCAGCUUGGUGUCUUAUCUGGUUAAUAAACCACAAAACACUUAACAAAUGGAAGUGAUGGUGAAGACCUUUGUGAGAGAUUGAUUGAGAUCGAUCGAUCAGCAAAACAAUGUCGUCAUGGUUUGCAAGAACAAUCGCUAACUCUCUCAAACUCGACGAAGAAGAAGACGAAGAAGAAACCCUAAACAACAAAAACAACAACGAUCCUAACCUAAAAUCAUCACAAUCACAAUCCCCUCAAUCCGAUUCACAAUCCGAAUCUCCAUCUUCAUCUACUCACAGUCCCACCGCACGCGGCGUCAAAGAAGAUAUCUCCGAGCUAACAAAAUCCCUCUCCCGUCAAUUUUGGGGAGUCGCUUCAUUCCUCGCACCUCCGCCCGAUCCCGAUCCUAAUCACGAUCCUCAAACUCCUGAUUCCGAUCCUAAUCUCGCCGAUGAAGACGUUAUUGCUGGAAUCCGAAGCGAUUUUGCUGAAAUUAGUGGAAAAUUCAAAAGUGGAAUCUCAAAACUUUCUGGUCAUAAAACUGUUUCUGAAUUCACUAAGAUCGCUUCUAGUUUCCUUCAGAUUGGAUCAGAAGAAGAGUACGAUCUCGACGGCGUCAUUGGAGUUACGGAGGAGGUUGUUUCGUUUGCUAGAAAUUUAGCUAUGCAUCCAGAAACUUGGUUGGAUUUUCCACUUCCUGAUGAUCCUGAUUCUGAUGAUUUUGAUUUGACUGAUGCACAACAAGAACAUGCUUUGGCUGUUGAACAUCUUGCUCCGAGGUUAGCUGCUCUUAGAAUGGAGCUUUGCCCGGGUUAUAUGAGUGAUGGUUGCUUUUGGAAGAUUUACUUUGUACUACUUCACCCUAAAAUCAGCAAAGAUGAUGCUGUUAUUUUAUCAACUCCACAAAUAAUGGAAGCUAGAGCAAUGUUAACUCAGGCAUUAGACCGAAGAAGUAAGGAAAAGAAAGUACCGGACUUAAGCAGCAUUCCUUUAAAAGAGGAGGAACAAGAACAACAUCUUUUCGUGCCAAGCAAUGCUCAACUUGAAUCAGUGCCUCUUCAGACUGCUCCUGUUGAAGAAGCCCCGCCUAUGGUUGUGUCUAAUGUAAAGACGGAGGAACAUCCUGUUAAAAGUGAUGUAGCUCAACCUAUCGACAAUUCUGUGGUUAAAGAAGCCCCAAUUAAUCCAUCUGCAGAACAAUCAGCAUCUGGUUCAACAAAUCGAUUCUCAUAUGAUGAAACAUAUGAGGAUGAUGCUGAUGAUUGGUUGAAAGAGGAGGAUAGUUCUGAAAUGGUUGGUCCCAGUGGAACUACCACUCAUACGGGUGAUGAUGAGGAUGUCUCAUUCAGUGAUCUUGAGGAGGAUGAUGGUGAUGUACAUGCAACUAAUAAGAAAACUUCAGGUUCUGACUCCUCCACAAAAGACUCCCGUGAUUGGGUUCAGUUAGGUAGAAAUUCACCUAACUCUGAUAAGGAAAUAAACUCUAUGGAAAACAGACAUGCAGGCUCUGAGCUUUCCAGUGCUCGUAAUUCUGUAUCCAAGGAUUCUAAUGAUUGGCUUAAUGUUGAUGACAUUGAUGUAAUUUGAUAAUGCCACGAUAAAUGUCCUAGAGGUAUGUUUCUUUUAUAUGAUUCAAUCCUACUCUGUGAAUAUUUGCACACAGUUUUUAUGUACUCUACGAUUAACCUCUGAAGGCCGUGCUUUGUGUAAAUAAAGCCAGUCUCCGCUGGGCUUUGUGCUAUGUAUGGUUAUUACUGCACUGUACUUAAAUCUUCUAUUUGAAUUUGAUAUAUUGAAAUAUUUCUCGGUUA